GUGUCGCCUUCAAAAGGGUCCGGCGGGCAACACUUCCUCCCAGAAGGGAAAACAACCCUCGUGAAGACGGUGAUGGCCGGAGCUCGAGGAGAGAAUGGAGGCGUCGCUUGCAAGUUGGAGUUUGCCGUCCAGAUGACCUGCCAGAAUUGUGUGGAGGCCAUUCAGAAGACUCUGAAAGAAGUGCCAGGUCUCCAGGUUCUAGAUGUGCAGCUGGAUUCCCAGACAGUGCUGGUGGAGACCAGCCUUGGCACCGAGGAGGUCCAGAACCUUUUGGAGAGGACCGGGCGCAAAGCCGUGUUGAAAGGGAUGGGGAGCACUGUGCCAGGCAAUGCGGCCGUGGCCAUGGUAUCCGGCCUUGGCCCGAUCCAGGGGGUGGUGAGGUUCUUGCAGGUCUCCCCCGAGAAAUGCCUAGUGGACGGGACCGUCGAUGGACUGGAGCCGGGACCACACGGCCUGCAUGUCCACGAGUUUGGAGACCUCAGCGACGCCUGUGACAGCUGUGGGGACCAUUUCAACCCCGAUGGAGAAUGCCACGGAGGACCACAGGAUGAACACCGGCAUGCCGGGGAUCUGGGUAAUAUUAUGGCUGCAGAGGAUGGAAGAGCUUCCUUCCGGAUUGAAGACGGCCGACUGAAGGUCCAGGAUAUCAUUGGACGCUCCCUGGUGAUUGAUGCGGGGGAAGACGACUUGGGCCGUGGAUGCCAUCCACUCUCAAAGGUCACGGGAAAUUCGGGAGACAGAGUGGCCUGUGGGAUCAUUGCCCGUUCCUCCGGCCUCUUCCAAAAUCCCAAGAAGAUCUGCACCUGCGACGGAGUGACGCUUUGGGAGGAGCGAGAGCGACCCAUGGUGCUUUUGGGGAAGAAGACUGGCAACCCACUGGCCCCACAUCUCUAGAAUGCCAAGCUCUGUUUUGGGUCUUAUAUGGUAGGAUUUUCGGAAAGAGAGUGGCCAUAACAGUAAUUGAGAAUGCAUAUGAUGGCGAUAGCUUCCCGUCCCCAUAAAAGAGCCUUCCCCAACCUGGCAGUUCAAUUCCAAUCAUUGCUGGUAGGAGAGCGAUGGGAAUUGUAGUUCAACACGCUGCUAAGGCCUUAAGCUAUGGCAGACUGCAGUAAUGUUGGGGAAAAGGCACAUUCCAUUUUAUUUCGUACUAAGAACGAGAUGCUUUGAAAUCGCAUCUCUUUCGUUCUACUUUUUUGAAUUCACUUUCCGUCUUUAUUUUGCAUCUGACUGCAAAAAGCUGUACUUUUUCUAGAGAGACUUCCAAAAUGAACCCUGUUGAAUCUUGCUUAUUGAUGAAAAAAGCAAAAAAGAGAUUUUGAAUGGAGCUGAUGUACUUGUAUACAAACGGAAAAUAAAACCAACUUUCUGAUA